CCGAGGUACGUGCCCUUAGCGGGAACCGAACCUGGGUCUUGCUGGACCACAGGCCGACACUCUUAACUGCUGAGCCAAACUGGCCAGGGCACCAGUGAGUUUUUUAAGUAAAAGCAAAACUCUCCUGUGAGCCAAGCAUGGGGGUAUCAUGCCAGUUCUAUUAUGGAAUAUCUAUGUGUGGCCCUGAAACUGGCCCAAGAGUGAAUUGUGGAGUUAAUGAUUAGUGAUCUAAACUACUUGGUUCCACUGGGCUGCAGGCAGUUCACCUGCAGAGGAGUCUCUAGGAAUCAGCAUGUUCCUUUUUAUCCUUGGGGCUGGAUUGGUGGUUCUGAGCCUAGGGACCUCUGCUAGGAGCCAGAAGACAGAACCCCUUAGUGGCUCUGGGGACCAGCCACUCUUCCGGGGAGAAGAUCGAUAUGACUUUGCCAUCAUGAUCCCUCCAGGAGGCACAGAAUGCUUUUGGCAAUUUGCCCACCAGACUGGCUACUUCUAUUUCAGUUAUGAGGUUCAGCGGACACUGGGAAUAUCACAUGACCGGCAUAUUGCUGCCACUGCACAUACCCCACGGGGUUUUCUCAUAGAAACCUCUCAGAAUGUUCGGGGCCAGAUUAACUUCUCUACCCAAGAGACAGGUUUUUAUCAACUUUGUCUAAAAAAUCAGCAAAACCACUUUGGUUCUGUGCAAGUGUACCUCAAUUUUGGAGUCUUCUAUGAAGGGCCUGAGGUGGACCACAAACAGAAGAAUGAAAGAAAACAACUGAAUGACACUCUGGAUGCAAUUGAGGAAAGUACACGAAAGGUACAGAAAAAUAUCUUUCACAUGUGGCGUUACUACAACUUUGCCCGCAUGAGGAAAAUGGCUGACUUUUUCCUUCUCCAAUCAAACUAUAACUAUGUCAACUGGUGGUCGAUGGCCCAGAGCCUUGUAAUUGUUCUUUCUGGUAUCCUGCAGCUGUACUUCUUGAAGCGUCUCUUCAAUGUCCCAACAACUACAGGCACAAAGAAGCCAAAAUGCUAAGCUAAAAUAAUUAUAGCACCCUGGCUCUUUUCUUCUGAGGCAGAAGCUUGUUAAAGCUUGUUAAAUCAGCUUUGUAAAGUUAUUGAAAAAAAAAAUUAAAUUUUCAUCUUAAAAAGAUUGUCUUAUUGCUCUCAUCUACAGAGGCAAAAUGGCAAUAAAGGAAUAAAAAUGUAUAAGUUUUGAUGUUGGCUGUUUCUAAAUAUGCACUAAAUGCUUCCAUCAAAAUAUUGUUCAUCAUACAGUGGUUCCUUAACCUUUCCUAAGUUUAUUUAGAGGUUAACAGAGAAACUUGGGAGAAGAGUUGGAAAAAAUGGGACAAAAACAUAUAAAACCCAGUUUUGUUUUUAAUUU